AUGAAGACAUUUAUGAACAUAACUAACUAUCGAUCUAAAAGUAAUAAUCCCCUUGGACCAUCUAGCUAGUAGUAAUAGAACUUAGCUACUAACUAGCAAUUUGUAAACAGACUUCCUCCACAAAGAAAUGGAAUUUAACCAUAAGCUUUUAAUAGCAAUAAUGUCAAGCAAAAUCAAAAUUACAAUUACCAGGAUCAAAAUUAAGCUAAAAAUUUUGAGUACAGCAGGAUCAACAAUCAAAAUUCUUAGCCUUCAUCCUAGCAAUCUACUAAAGUAAACUCUACUAAUUCAUUCUAAUAAGCACAGAUAGUAGGAAACUCUUUUAUAAAGCAGUAAAUUCUUACAGGGAAUCAACCAGUUUACGCUCAUCAUAAAAAAGACUAGAAUUCCCUUUCAAAAAUAAACUCCUCCAAAGAGAUGACCAAGGAAUAAAUCUCUACUGCCUAUACCAAUGAGAACACCCAUCCUUCAGAUUCAACAUAGACUUCGAACAAUAACAGUAAUUUCAAAGACCAUGCAAAUAAAACAUAAAAUACUGUUCAUGGCUCUGGCAACGGAAAUAAUUAAGCAACGACUAGUUAUAAUGCAUCAAAUAAUUAAAUUGUCAUCCAUGUAUGCGAUGAAAACAAGAAAAUGAAUAAGGACUUCAAAUGCGACAGAAAUCUACUUCUAAACAAUAUGAAGUACUUUGAGAAGUAUCUAGCUGACUCUAAAAAUCUGGAUGACAUUGAUAUAAGUGUUCAUUGUGAUAUCAAUAUUUUCGAUUGGCUUAUGAGAUUCGUUCAUAAGAAAGAGCCGAAGCUUGAAAUCAAGAAUUCAGUGUCUAUAUUGAUAUCAUCUGACUUCCUUUAAAUGGCUCCUUUAGUCGAAGAAUCAGUUCAAUUUGUUACUAAAAAUCUUUAAGAUAUUAUUGCGCUACCAAUUGAUAUGAAUUGUUUAAACAGCUCAUUGAUUAAGAAACUUGCAAGAUGCAUUACUAUUGAAGAUCUUGAUAAUUUGAAGGACAAAAAAGAUAAGCUAACAAGCAAAUUAUACAUGAAAAAGCUGGAGUUAUUGUUUGAGGAUGAGGCUAAUAUGUUACAUAGAUGUGUCUACUGUGAUUAAUUGUACACAUCAAGCUAAAGAGAAUGGAUGACUUGUCCAAAGGCCAAGAUUUUUAUUGAUAUCUAUGGCACUGUCAUUGCCUAGCACGUUUCUGAUAAGACUUGGGAUGUCAACAAAUUUGUAAUGUUUUUGAGAUAGAAAUCUGUGCCUUGGAAGGACAUUUUUAUGAAAAUUUAUUCAAGAUUGUAGGAAUUCACAUGCACAGACUGUAAUUAAAGGUUCGUUGGAGCUGAAAUAAAUCAUUGUAGCUAUCAUCCGAUGAAUCCAAAGUUCUCAUUUGGAUCAAAUAAUGGAUAGUAGUUAUAUAUUUUAGUUUCAUUCUUAUUCUAGACAUUUGACCUAAUUAUGAAACAUUUUACUGAGGUCUGUGAACCUUACGAAUUUGAAAAAUCUAAUGCUCACACAGGUGAAACAGAAGUAGUCAAGAAACUUACUGAUUGCAUCAAUUCAGAGAGAUCAUUGAUGAAAUUUGUCAAAACAUUUUUGAGUUAGAAAGAAGCAAAUAAGGAUGAGGAUUAGGAUGAAGAUGAAGAUGCUGCUGAUGAAUCUAGUGAAGAUGAUGAUGCAUGUGACAACUUAAACUCAGAAUUACUAGUUUAGCAAUAACAGACAGCUGCGAUAUUAAGCAUCAAGAAAAAGAGAAAAUCAAAAUACAAGGAAUGGCGUAUGGACACAAUGAGGACUGAUGAUUUCAAUCAAAUGAAGCUCAUGACCAAAGAACUGAAUAAACUAAGAAAAGAGGAAAAAUACACAUUCAAAAAGCAAAGCACUCUUAGAAAUUAAAAUAAAGAAAAAAAUGGUGCACAAUCAGCUGGUACAUCUGGCAUUGAAGGAGGAAGACCUCAAACAGGCAAUGUAAAUUCUACCAGUACCCAUAUUAGAAACAGAGUUUAGUAACACUACUCCAAAGCCAGAUAGAAUAAAAUUAGAAAAUGA